GCUAUAGUUCUUCUUAUAAGCUUAGUUUAUUUAGUCGUGAUUUUUCUAAUUAUUUUAAUACUAAUAUUAUAAUUACUGAAAAUACAGGUCAGCUUAAUUCAAAUAAUAAAGUUGAACUUAAAGAACCUGACAUUCUUGAAGAUGAUCAUAAUAAUAAAGAAUCUAUUGAUAAUAUAUCAGAUUCUUGA